GUGAAAAAAUUAAAUUAUUAUCGUGAAUGAAACACAUUUCAAAUUUUUUCCAAUACAAACUGGUUGGUUAUUGGUACUUGUACCUUACUUGAAAAAUUUCACUCACACAGGCAUAGCCAGGCUAUUGCCUACCAGUGCCAAGUGCACUCGGCAGUCGGCAGUGCCGGCUACUCGUAAGUCGUAACUCGAAGUUGUAUGUACAAUCGAAAUUGAGGAUUGCGGACGUAACAGAACACAACCUCAAGCGGCUGUUUACAUCGAAUUAUCUAAAACAUAAGUGAUAAAACAUGUUUUUUCACAUAUCUUUGGAUCACGAAGUCUUGCUGCAUCCAAGAUACUUUGGACCACAGCUUCUUGAAACUGUGAAACAAAAGUUAUACUCAGAAGUCGAAGGAAAUUGCUCUGGAAAGUAUGGAUUUGUUAUAGCCGUUACGACGAUUGAUAAUAUUGGAGCAGGAAUAAUUCAACCUGGGCAAGGUUUUGUAGUUUAUCCUGUCAAGUAUAGAGCUAUUGUUUUCAGACCUUUCAAAGGAGAAAUUGUAGAUGCUAUUGUCACACAAGUUAACAAAGUUGGAAUGUUUGCAGAAAUAGGCCCGUUGUCCUGCUUCAUAUCCCAUCAUUCUAUACCUCCAGAUAUGCAAUUUUGUCCUAAUGUGAAUCCUCCAUGCUACAAAUCAAAAGAAGAAGAUGUUGUCAUUCAAGCUGACGAUGAAAUUAGGCUAAAAAUUGUUGGUACUAGAGUUGAUGCAACUGGGAUUUUUGCAAUUGGAACUUUGAUGGAUGAUUAUUUAGGUUUAAUGUGUAAUUGAAAUAAUUAAUGAUACAUACUUGAAACAUAGAUUAAUUAAUGUGUAAAUUUUGUUAAAAUAGUAUAUAUCGUGUAAGUUUUUUUUUGAUGAUGUGUUUUUUGACUUCAUUCAUGAAUUGAACAAUUUUUUGAUAAUAUUUUUGAAAGCAUCAAUAAAAAGGGGUUCAAAAUCAA